AACAACACAACUCUCUACAGGCUGUACUAUCUCACUAUCAUAACAGACAACAACACAACUCUCUACAGACUGUACUAUCUCACUAUCAUAACAGACAACAACACAACUCUCUACAGACUGUACUAUCUAACUAUCAUAACAGACAACAACACAACUCUCUACAGACUGUACUAUCUCACUAUCAUAACAGACAACAACACAACUCUCUACAGACUGAACUAUCUCACUAUCAUAACAGACAACAACACAACUCUCUACAGACUGUACUAUCUCACUAUCAUAACAGACAACAACACAACUCUCUACACACUGUACUAUCUCACUAUUAUAACAGACAACAACACAACUCUCUACAGACUGUACUAUCACACUAUCAUAACAGACAACAACACAACUCUCUACAGACUGUACUAUCUCACUAUCAUAACAGACAACAACACAACUCUCUACAGACUGAACUAUCUCACUAUCAUAACAGACAACAACACAACUCUCUACAGACUGUACUAUCUCACUAUCAUAACAGACAACAACACAACUCUCUACAGACUGUACUAUCUCACUAUCAUAACAGACAACAACACAACUCUC